AUGGCCGCUUCCACGAUGCGUGCCGUGGACGAUGCUGCUACGCAUAGCGCAGUUGAUACACAGCCGAUUAGAGUCGUUUCCACGCUGUAAUUGGAGACCGGGUUGAUUUGACUGAGCGUUCGUUUUGUUGCUGCGUCUAUCUGUAGACUAUUGAACGACUGUUACGCUUUCACAGCGUGAAGGUCGGUGACGAAUUGGUACGUCAACGCGCUUUCGGUUUCGCCUGAGGUCCCACGUGCGUUGUUAUUAGGCUACGUUGGUGCAAACAUGAAGCAGAAGAAAGGGGUUCGCAAGAUCGAAGAUGACCGCUUCAAGCACAUCGCUACGGAUCCGCGGUUUCGCGGAGUUCCGCGGUCCCAGCGUAAGGUCAAAAUCGACAACCGCUUCACUGCGAUGUUCGACGACAAACGCUUCAAGCUCAAGUAUGUCAUGGACAAACGCGGUCGUCCCAUUCACAGCACGACGUCGGAGGACCUGAAGAAGUACUACGCCGUCGAGUCGUCGUCUGAGUCUGAAAACGACGACGAUGAUGAAGACCGCGAAGAGGAGCGCCCCCAAGGUGACAGUGUCGAUUCGAAAUCGAAGCGCGUCGAAUUGAAGGCUGCCACUGAAGAUGCCGACGACUCGAGUGAAGACGGUGACUCGGAAGCGCCGGAUGAAAGCGAAGAGGAAGAGGACGAAGACGAUGAAUCGGAUGCAAGCUCCGAUGAGCCGGAGGAGCCCGAGAGGGAUCCAGCUCGUGGAAUCGGAAACGUCGAGACAAGCUCUGAAGAAGAUGAGAGCAGUGAAGAAGAGUUAGAUGACGACAACAGGGAAGUGGCCUGGGGUGAGCUGGACCGCGACGCCCCAAAGUCGGAUGACGUCAGUCGCCGGUUGGCACUGUGCAACCUCGACUGGGACAAGUUACGUGCCCAGGACCUUUUCGUGCUACUCGACUCGUUCAAGCCCCCUGGCGGUGUCGUGCAGCGAGUCAGCAUCUACCCGUCCGAGUUCGGCAAGGAGCGCAUGGCCGUCGAACAAGUGAGCGGCCCCGCCGAGCUGGUCGAGGCGGCGGCUCGCGGUGACAAGAAAGCACCAAAAAAGAGCGCCGGGGACGAUGAGGAAGUCGACUCCAAGGCUCGAAGGGAAGCACUGCGCCAGUACCAGCUCAACCGGCUGCGCUACUACUACGCCAUAGCGGAGUGCGACACCGCUGAGACUGCCGACCACCUCUACCGGGAGCUGGACGGCCGCGAGUACGAGAGCAGCGGCACCUGCCUGGACCUGCGGUUCGUCCCCGACGACAUGACGUUCGAUGAGGAGCCAACCAGUGUCGCCGACAGUGUUCCCGAUCCCCAGAGCUACAAGCCGCUGAACUUCGUCACCUCGGCGCUCCAGUCGGUCAACGUGCAGCUUACCUGGGACGAGGACGACCCCCGCCGCACGGAGGCCAUGCAGCGAGCCUUCAAGGAGGACGGUGCCCACGAUGACCUCAACGUGUACCUGGCAUCGUCGUCCGCGGAAAGCGAAGAGGAGGUUGAUCAAGGUACGGAUGCGAAGGAAGCGAAGAAAAAGUCCUCAAUGGAAGCCCAGAUCCAGAAGUACCGCGACCUGCUGAAGAGCCUCGACAAUGGAGAGAAGAAACCGGACGACAAUGAUGAUGACGUCGAAAUGGAGGUCACGUGGAACCCCGGUCUGAGUAAGCAGGUCGGCGAGCUCGUCAAGAAGAAACAGGAACAACCCGAGGGCAAGACGCCCUUCCAGGAGUUCCUUGAGAAGCGCAAGGAGAAGCGGAAACUGAAGCGAAGUCUCAACAAGAAGGGUGCCGAGGCGGAAGACUCUGGUGCAGAAAAGAGCGAACAAGACGAAGACGAGGGCAGCCAUUCGGAGCAGGCCUUUUCGGACGAUGAGCUUCCCUCCGAUGUGGACCUCGGCGAUGAUUUCUUCAAGACGGAUGCACCCUCGAAACCAACGAAAGAGAGCAAUAAAAGCAAAAAGAAGAGGAAGCGGUCCAAUGUUGAAGACAAAGCAGAGGAUGAAGAGACGACAAAAAGCAAGGCGGAACUGGAGCUGCUGCUCAUGGAUGAAGAGGAUGAUGGCAGACACCACUUCAGCCUCAAAAAGCUGCUGGAAGAGAACCAGCAAAGCCGCAACAAGAAGCGCAAGAGGAAGGCUGAGAACAAGAAGGCCCAGAAGGAAGGAAAAACCGACGGCGACGACUUCCAGGUGGACCUCACUGAUCCGCGGUUCUCGGCGCUGUACGACUCGCACCAUUACAACGUCGACCCGACUGACCCACACUUCAAGAAAACCAAGGGCAUGGAGGCACUGCUCAUGGAGAAGCAGAGGAGAAGGCUCGCCGCUCCAGAAGGCACGGUAGCCUCCACAGUCACCACAAAACAGACGCAGGCGCAACCAAAGCCGCAGCCGUCAACCGAGCCGGCUGCAGAGCCGAAGCCGAGCCGGCAAUCCCUGUCCUCGCUGGCCAGCUCGGUCAAGCUCAAAGUCCAGCAGAUGAAAAGCAGAAGUAAAAAGCUGCCGGGCUGACCGCAA